CUGUAUGACAUCCGGCAGGCGGCCAAGGCUCCGCAGGCUCCCGUGAAAAUGCGAUUGUAUUUUGUGGGCUUCGUUGCAGCAGCCACAAUCCUUCCUUCUUCCCAACGUCCGGCGUUGUGCACCGUAACUUACCGGCCGCUUUGACUUUGCCUAAUUGAUCACCGCCGAAACUCAAGAUUGCCAGUGUCUAUUAGCGCCUUCAACUCUACACCAGGACCAAAACACGCCGUAAACACACACACACACACGCCGCAAACUGAAGCAAUGGCAUCGGAUUACACAAAUGCAGCUCUUGACGAUCUGCUAUCCACCUUCAACGAGCUCAAUAGCCACGUUGUUGAAGAACUCACUGAUGAACCAAGUCCCCUCGAAUUUAUGCGCUUUGUCGCCCGCAACACCCCGUUUGUCGUACGAGGCGGCGCCUCCUCAUGGAAGGCAUGCCAAGAAUGGAACUCGGCCUACCUGCUCUUGGCCCUAAAGGAACAAUCCGUCAAUGUUGCUGUUACCCCGUACGGCAACGCUGACGCCCCCACGGUUCAUCCCGGGCACGAUUCUCUUGUCUUCGCCAAACCUCAUUAUGAGGACCAGCCGUUUGACGAAUUCCUCGAGUAUGUCGUUCGUCAUGAAACAGACCCUGACUUCCCCCCCGACGCGGAGGUCAGAUAUGCACAGACUCAGAAUGAUAACCUCCGCGACGAAUACAUCACCCUCUUCUCAGAUGUACACAAAGACAUCCCGUUUGCGCGGAUAGCUCUUGACAAAACCCCCGAUGCGGUCAAUUUAUGGAUAGGCAACUCCAAAUCCGUCACGGCUUUACACAAGGACAACUACGAGAAUAUAUACGUCCAAGUUCUCGGUAGAAAGCAUUUUGUCCUCUUCCCAUCGUUGUGUCAUCCCUUCGUCAACGAGCAACCCCUGCGACCUGCGACAUAUUCUCGUACCGAGCAUGGCCUGACGCUCGAGAUGGAUGCGAAUGAGGAAACUGUUCCAUUUGCAACAUGGGAUCCCGAUAGUCCGGACGAGAAUGCCACUUCAUUUUCCCACCUCGCCCAGCCUCUACGAGUCACUUUGAAUCCCGGGGAUAUGCUCUAUCUGCCCGCCAUGUGGUACCACAAAGUAUCACAAUCAUGCGCGGAAGAAGACGAGGGUUUUGUACUGGCCGUUAACUACUGGUAUGACAUGGAGUUUAGUAGUCCGCUCUUCCCACUAUCCGCCUUCGUUAGAAAUAUCAGCUUGGGGAAUAGCAUAAAGGCGACGACGCAGCCAUCCGAUGCAAAUUGAAACGGAAGCAAAAUAAUUCCACAUUAAGUCUAUGCCGCUACAUCCAAGCCUCCUCACCUCUUCUUCUUUUGAGCUAUCCUCUUUUGCGCCCUCAAUUCCUUCUUCAUCCUAGGAUCCACAAUCCUGUACCGACCCUUAACACCCUUCGGUCGGCCCUUGAUACCGCGGUUGAUACCCUUGGCAACAACCAACUUGGCCGGCGUCGGGGCCUUCUUCCGGGAGGCCUUGCUAAUUAGUCUGGAAAUACUGUCGGCCUUCUCCUUCUCAGUCAUGCCUUCGUCGGCGGCAAGCAUAUCGGACUUCUUCUUAAGCUUCUC